AAUACACACACGCGGAAACGCGUAAUAAGAAAUGCGCGCGCCAUCGAAUAUUCGAUUUGCACGCCACCAAUCCAAUAAAAAAUCAAUGUUUGUUUCAUCAUUCUUGAAAAAAAAACUGUUUUUUUGUUUCUUUGCUUCAAAUCAAAUCGAAAUUAUUACAAACAAACAACCAAAAAAAGAAAAAGAAAUUAUGGGUGAUAAAAAAAGAAAAUCGACCAUAACAAAUACUACCGAUCCAAAGGCUUUAGUAAAGUUGCCUCAACAACAACAACAACAACAAAAAGGUCCUGUUAUAAUUAAUUAUCCAACUUUACAAUCAGGAUCAUCAAUUCCUGUUAUGCUUAUAACAAUGAAUCCAAGUCAAAAUCUAUUACAGCAAACAAAUACCGUAUCAACAGGUGUAAAUAUGAAUCUAUUGAAAGAAUUGAUUAACAAAUCAUUUGAUAUGGUCAAACAAAAUAAUCGAUCACGAUCAUUUAAUCGACAAAAAUUUGAACAAAUUUUAACAAAUUUACAGAAAAAUUUAGUUCUUCAUAUCGAAGCUAAUCAAUCUAAAUUGUUGAUCAAUGAAAAUGUUACUACCGCUGCUGCUGCUGCUGCUCAUGAUAAUACGAUUAUUCAACCAUCAUCAUCAACAGAAAGCAAGGAAAUUAUUGUCAUUGAUAGCCCGGAACAAAAAUCAACAGUCAAAAUGGAUGGUGAUACUAAUAAUGAUGAUGUAGUGAUGGAAAAAUCAGUGUCUAAUGUAAAAAAUCAUCCAACAACAAAUUCAUUUGAAUUUCCUAUUUCUAUCGAAAAAUCGAAUACUAAACGAACAAAGAAAAAACAAAAAUGCACUCCCAAACGACAGAAACCUGCACCAAAAACAACAACGACUACGACGACGACAACAACAACAACAGCGAUUACUGUGAAUGAAAUAUCAUCGGGAACAUCUAGAUUUGCUGAUAUUGAUUCUGAUGAUGAUAUUGAAAUUAUUUCGGAAAUUACUCAUAAUAAACAGGAUACUAAUCAACCUAAACCACCAAAGAUUAUUACACAUGAUCAUAAUUAUGCAUAUGAUGGUCAUGAUCAUUCAUCCACAGAAAAUGAAAAUGAAGAUAAUGAUGAAGAAAUGAAUAAAGAUCAUGAUCAAAGUACACAUAUAGAUGUUAUGCAAAAAAUGCUUGAAGAAUUAAAACAAGAUGAUGAUGAUGAAAAACCAGUUGUGGCUAUAACAGAUUGUCAGGAAAUAAAAUCAACGCAAAACAAUCUACACAAAACUGACAUAAAUAAUAAUAAUAAUGUUGAAUCAUUCAACAACGAUGAUGAUAACAGUUGUAUGUCUAGAAAUGUAUACACAAGACAUUGUAUACGUGAAAUACGUGGAUUCAGUGAUCUUAAUGUUCGUGCACAACAAGCAAUUCGUGAUGAUAUUGAACGUUGUGAACGUUUAAAAGAAAAGAAAAAAUUUUUGGAAAAAUUUUUAUCAAAAAUAUCCGAUAAUAAUGAUCGUCUUAUCCUAGAUAUUGAUAAUCGUAAUGGAAAAAUUUUGGUCGAAGUUGAUGAAGGUCUUGUUCAAAUAAUGAAACCACAUCAAAAAGAUGGUAUACAAUUUAUGUUUGAUUGUACAAUUGAAAGUGUUGAUCGUUUAAAAAAUCAUUCUCAUCAAACUGGUUGUAUAUUGGCACAUUCAAUGGGUCUUGGUAAAACAUUACAAGCAAUUGCAUAUUUACAUACAGUUAUGACCAAUGAACAUUUAGCAAAAAUUAUACGUAAAGCUUUGAUUAUUGUACCAUAUAAUGUAUAUAAAAAUUGGCUUGAUGAAAUACAACAAUGGUUUGAUGAAUGUCGUCGUUAUAUUGAUGUUGCACGAUAUGAAUUAUCUCGUUCAAAAUCUAUUUCAGAACGUUUAGAAACAUUAAAAGAUUGGCAUCGAACUGGUGGUAUAUUGGUAAUGACUAUUGGUACAUUUACACGUUUAGUAUUGGGACGUAGUUUUCAUGAAGAAGAAUUACCCGAUGGUAUGACCAUUAUAAACAAUUGUCUUUUAACACCGGAUGUAUUCAUAAUGGAUGAAGGACAUUUGUUAAGAAAUUCAUCAAGUCAAAUAAAUCGAGCGGCAUCAAAAAUUGUUACAUUACGACGUAUCAUAUUGACUGGAACACCAAUGCAAAAUAAUUUAGAUGAAUAUUUUGUAAUGGUAGAUUUUGUUAAACCAAAUCUAUUAGGUACAAUACAAGAUUUUCGUAAUCGUUUUAUAAAUCCAAUAACAAAUGGUCAACAUAUUGAUUCGACUAAAUUUGAUGUAAAUUUUAUGAAAAAACGUGUACAUGUUCUGCAUACAAUGCUGCAGCCAUCUAUUCAUCGUUGUGAUUAUCAAGUAUUAGUUCCUUAUCUACCACCAAAACAAGAAUAUAUUGUUUAUGUUCAAUUAACUGAAAUACAAUCAAAACUUUAUCAAUAUUAUUUGGAUAAUAUAACAAAAAAAUCACAACAAUGUUUAUUCAAAGAUUUUUGGAUAUUAUUAUUAUUAAAUAAUCAUCCGGCAUUAUUGAUUGAUAUGUAUGAAAAACAAUAUAAUGUUACAAUGGAUAAUGAUUAUACUAUUGGUAAUAAUGAUGAUUAUGAUGAUGAUAUUUCCAAAACAAAUAAUAUCAUUAUUAAGGAUAAUAAUCAAAGAAAAAUUGCUCAAAACAACAAUAACAACAACAACAACAAUAAACAAUGGUGGACAAAUAUUAUUGAUGAAAAAAAUGUUCGUUGUAUUGAAUUGUCAGCAAAAUUUAUCAUUAUGUUUGCAAUAAUCGAUGAAUGUCAAAAACUAAAUGAUAAAUUGAUUAUAUUUUCACAAAGUCUUAUUAAUCUGAAUAUGAUUGAAUUAAUGUUAAGUAAAUGUUUAAAUGUUGAUUGGAUACGUAAUGUUGAUUAUUUCCGUAUUGAUGGUAAUGUUACGGUUGAAGCAAGACAUCGUAUUAUACAAACAUUUAAUGAUGAAUCAAAUAGAAAAGCAAGAUUAUUGUUAUUAUCAACACGUUCCGGUGGUAUUGGUAUUAAUCUAGUUGGAGCAAAUCGUUGUAUAAUAUUUGAUUGUUCAUGGAAUCCUGCACAUGAUACACAGGCUAUUUUUCGUAUAUUUCGUUAUGGUCAACAUAAACCAUGUUUUAUUUAUCGUUUAGCUGGUUAUGGUACAAUGGAAAAUCGUAUAUAUCAACGACAAGUAUCCAAAUUAUCCAUAUCAAAACGUGUUGUAGACGAAAAACAAAUACGUCGUUAUUUUACAUCAAGACAAUUAGAAGAAUUAUAUACAUUUAUGCGAAGACCAAUAACAAGACAAACAUUACCAGUACCAAAAGAUGAUUUACUUGCUAGUUUAGUAAGAAAAUAUUCACAACAUAUAUUACUUUAUUAUGAACAUGAUUCAUUAUUACAAAAUCGACCGGAAGAAGAAUUGAGUGAAGCUGAAAAACAACAAGCAUGGAUUGAUUGGGAACAAAAUCGUCAUGGUAAUACAAAUGAAAUACGAUCAACACAACAACAACAUGAUUACAAUGAUAAUGAUGAUGAUGAUGAGGAAUUUCAAGAUCCAGAUGAUUAUCGUUCAUUAUUGUAUUGAUUGAUUGUUUUCGUUAAUUUUUGGUUUUUUGUUUUUUUUUUGCUUUGAUGU